AACGAUAGAACACACGUCAGUGUUUUGAAAAUUAAGAAAAUGAAGAAAUCACAAAAAGCAAACUAUUUUCGGCAAUAGAGUUUUUUUCGUUGCAUUAUUAAUUAAUAUAUCCUACAGUGCACAUUAAUAUAAAUAAUAAACUAACAAAAAACACUUUAAAUUUUAAAAACAAAGAAAUUGAAAUUAAACAACAAUAAAAUUACACAAAAUUUUGUAAAUAAUUUAAAGGUGUGAGAAAAAGAAACAAGUAGAAAAAUAUAUUUGAACAGGGAGGAGGAAUAGCAACAAAAAUUUAGUGAUAAAAAAGUAAUAGAAAGUUAAAAGUUUUUUUUUUUGCUGCCCUGCCACGCUACCACAAACGCACAAAAAAGAUAUUUGUAGUGGUCUUAAGGAAUUUCUAGAAUUUAAUAAUUUAUAUUAAUAAUUUUGUAUUAAUGUUAAAUUGUUUAUAAAAAUCAGCUGCCAUUUGUGUAUGAAAAUAUGGUAGUAUCAUUGCCGGAUUUAAUGCUCCUAGGGGGCGAGAAGAAAUUGACAGCCUGUUUGUUGUUGCUAAUAUUGGAACUAUUUUUAGAAGGUGUCGAAUCAGUGCCCAACGCAGCCGAUAUAGAAAACCAUUUAGAAUUGGGUAAACAGUUUUUAGCACACAAUCAAUUAAGUGAUGCUUUAACGCAUUAUCAUGCCGCUGUGGAGGGUGAUCCCACUAACUAUUUGACUUUGUUCAAACGUGGUACUGUUUAUUUGGCAUUGGGCAAGACUCGUUUUGCUAUACAGGACUUUAGCCGGGUUUUGGAAUUGAAACCUGAUUUCACAGCAGCUCGUUUACAGCGUGGUACUGUUUUUAUGAAAACAGGAGAAUAUCAUCAAGCUGCUGAGGACUUUGCAGCUGUGCUCGAAGAAGAACCCUACAAUGAAGUUGCCCACGACAGUUAUUCACGCAUUGUACCGGCCGAAGAACAAUGGGAUAUUGUACAGGAACUUAUCGAUCGUGGUGAUCAUCGUAAUGCCAUACAAAUGCUAACACAACUACUCGAAAUAUCACCAUGGUCGGUGAAAUUCCGUCAAGCACGUGCCGAUGCCUAUAUUGAAACCAAUGAUCUCUUAGCAGCCAUUUCAGAUUUAAGAUCGGUUAACAAACUAUCACAAGACAGUACAGAAGGCUACUAUCACCUAGCUUUGUUGCUGUAUAAAAUUGGUCAUGCUACUAGUGCUUUGAAAGAAAUACGAGAAUGUUUGAAAUUUGAUCCAGAACACAAAGACUGUUUUCCCUUCUAUAAGAAGUUGAGAAAAGUGGAGAAGGGUUUGUCGGGUGCAGAGACAGCACGUGAUGAAAAACAAUAUCAAGACUGUAUAACAUCUGCGGAAGCAGCAUUAAAACAUGAAAAAGAAGAAACCAUGGUGAUAUACGAGGCUAAACGUUUAUUGUGCACAUGUUAUAUGCGUGACGAACAAUAUGCCAAAUCGUUGGGCCACUGCAAUGAUGCAUUAGAGAUUUUGCGUGAUGCUCAAAUAUACUGUGAUCGUGCCGAGGCUUAUCUCGGCUCUGAAAUGUAUGAUGAUGCCAUACAUGACUUCCAGGAGGCCUUGGGUCUUGAUGAAAACCUACAGAGAGCCAAAGAGGGCAUAGAGAAAGCUAAAAGACUGCAAAAACAGGCGGAACGCAGAGACUACUAUAAGAUCUUGGGUGUUAAGCGUAAUGCCAGUAAACAGGAAAUUGUCAAAGCCUAUCGUAAGGCAGCACAAAAAUGGCAUCCCGACAACUUUAAGGGUGAUGAAAAGAAAAUUGCCGAAAAGAAAUUCAUUGACAUAGCCGCCGCCAAAGAAGUGCUAACAGAUCCCGAAAAACGUAGACAAUUCGAUAGUGGUCAGGAUCCUUUAGAUCCAGAGGGUCAACAAGGUGGUCAUGGUUUCCGUGGUGGUAGUCCCUUCCAACACUUCCAUCACGGGUCACCGUUCCAGUUUAAGUUCCAUUUUAACUAACAUACACUUGCAGAGAUAAUUAAAAAGGCAUCUUAAGCUUAAUUUUUAGUCAAGUUUGUUUAAAUUAAGUUAAUUCAUUAUAGUCAUGUAGGUAAAAUUCUUAAUACGUUUUUUUCAUUUUUCUAAAACAAAAAACAAAACAACAACAACAACUAAAAUAGUAAACAAAACUCUGGGAGUUUAUAUUUGGUAAAUUUACAAAAGGACCUUUUUUUUUAACAAACAAAAAAUGUUAAGCAUUUAUUACCGUUUACAGUUUGGCUUAAUCUUCAUAUAUCUUCUUUAAAGAACUUUGUAUAGUUGUAGUUUUUAAAAAGUUAAUUAACUAAAUGCUCUUCUUGCUGUUGAAAUAGUUUGAAGAUUUUUAAUUUUUCCUAUUUUUUUGUUUACAUUAUAAAACCUCCAUUUGCCAUCGAUCAUAUCAACAAGUUUCCUUUUAGUUUUCUUUCUUUCUCUUUCAAUCUUGUAAUUUUUGUUUGUUUUUGUUUUCUUUUCUUUUGUAAAUAGUAGGUUAUUUUUAAUAAAAAAAACAUAUAUGAAAAAAAAACUAAUUUAUUAAUAUUAAAAUUGAACAAAAAGUUCAGCCUUUUUUGUGUUUUUGUAUCCUGAAUAAAUAAUAAAAAACGAAAUUAAAAACUACACUCUUGAUAAGUGGCGAUCAUUAUUAACAAUAAUAACAACAACAACAACAAAUAAGAAUAAUAAAAGAAACGAAAAGUACUAAAUUAUUAAAAGUAGUUUUAAAAUA